AACAAAUUCCAUCCUUUCUUUCUCCAUUAAAGCCUUCCAAGAGGUUACCCUGGUAGGGCUGGUGUUGUUUCAUUAUAUCAAAUCAAAAAAUUUUAAAGGAGCAAACACCCAGAUCUUGCAAUAUAAUAGCUCAUUUCCGACAGAGCCCCCACCCCCACCCCCAUCCCUUACUUUUUGUUCCUUUUUUACCAUUUCUCGGCCGCCGAGUGGCUUCCGCGGCCGGUAAGAGUCGAUAAGCUUCCGUUUGGAUUCCGUUUAUUAAGUACAAGAAACAAGAACCGUCUUGUUUUCAUGGCAUUUCUCCAUAGAUAUAGAUAAGAAAAUUGGUACAGGAACUUUUUCAUUUUUUCCUUUUGAAGGUACAAGGUGCUUCGAAAGGAAAAAAUGGUGAAGGAAGGAGAGCCAAGAAGAGAGGCUAUUACAACGUCGUCAUCGUCGCCAUCAUUAUGCGACUCCGAAACGGAAGAUUUGGAACGUAUGCCAUUGGUGCCAUUACCAUUGAUGAAAAACAAUAGGUAUUUAUCGAAGCAAUUAUCGCUGUGUGAGACGCGACGGGAAAUUGCUUGGGAAAGAAGGCGGCGCCAGAUUCUUCGUCAAGAGAGAAGAAAGAAUGGGAUCAUUGAGAAUGGGUUGACAGAUGAAGACCUGCAUGAACUUAAAGGGUGCAUAGAGCUGGGAUUUGGAUUCAAUGAAGAAGAAGGCCAAAAACUUACAAGCACAUUGCCUGCAUUAGACCUUUAUUUCGCUGUAAACCGACAGCUUUCUCCAAGUCCAGUUUCAACCCCUCAUAGUCGUGGCUCAUCGUUAUCACUUGGUGAUCGGUCAUCUUCUUUUGGAAGCCCUACAAGUACUGAGUCAGAUUGGAAAAUUUACAGCCCAGGGGAAGAUCCUCAGCUAGUGAAGACUAAGCUAAGGCAUUGGGCGCAGGCUGUUGCAUGUUCUGUGCUGCAAUCAUUUUAAAAAGGGGUGGUUUGUAUAGCGGCAGAAGAAAAACAAAGGAAGAAAAAUCUAGAGUCAGCAAUCAGAAAGAGGUUGGAUUAAUUAAUUAAAUUGAUUAGGGUUCUUUCUUUGAUUAAACCAAAAAGAAAACAUGCAUUUUUGGUCCUUGAAGGACAAAAAACAAAGUUUGUUGGUGUUUCAGCCAUGGAUUCAUCCAUUUCUUUUGAGCAAAACCAAUGAGAUUUUGGCCCUGGGAAAAUUCGGAUUGUGGGAAUGUACUUUUCAAUUGCUAAUCAUGAGUUGAAAUAAUACCAGCCCUUUAGACCUGUUCUGAAGAUCAGCUUUUAUGCUUGUUUUCUUUUGUGAAACUUACCAAUUUCUUGCAUUCCCACUGCAAUUGGAACGACGGUAUUAUGUCUUUCUGCAAUCAUUGAUGUUCAUUUCAUUGUUUCAUCAAGAAUUUCUUACAACAA